GAGGGUGGUUGUGGAGGACUCUCGCGCGCGAAAUGACGGCGCGACGAAGACGGAGCGUGGGUUCCGCCUGAGAAAAAGAAAACGCGUAGCGCGACGAGUAGAAGCAGCAGCAGCAGCAGCAGCAGGAGCAGCAGCAGCAGGAGCAGCAGCAGCAGCAGCAGCAGCAGGGGCGGGAGAGGGGAAAAAAGUAAUUACAACGGGUGGUCGGUGCAUGUGCGCACGCGCGCGCGUGUGUGUGUGUCCGCGCGCGGGGUGUCUUCGUCGGGCGAGGGGGAAGAAAUAACUGGAGAGAGUCGUCGAAUAAAUCGGUUCACGGUGACGAGUGAAAGUAGAACGGGCAAGCCAGGCAAGAUGAUGAAGAAGGAGAAACCGAUGAUGUCGGUGACGGCCAUCAUCCAGGGGACUCAGGCCCAGCAUUGGGCGCGCAGCAACACCUGGCUGAGCCUGGACAGCAAUAUGUCAAUGUCAUCGGUGGACCCGCAGAGUCCCCUCGACAUGAAACCUGACACGGCCCUCAUCAAUCCGGGAAACUUUAGUCCAUCGGGUGGUCCCAAUAGUCCAGGAUCCUUCAAUGCCGGUUGUCACAGCAACCUCCUGAGCACGUCGCCCAGUGGUCAGAGCAAGACGGUCGCACCUUACCCGCCUAAUCACCCCUUAUCGGGCAGUAAACACCUGUGCUCGAUCUGCGGCGACCGCGCGAGUGGCAAACAUUACGGCGUUUACAGCUGCGAGGGAUGCAAAGGAUUCUUCAAGCGAACCGUGCGCAAGGAUCUGUCGUAUGCCUGCCGUGAGGAGAAGUCUUGCAUCAUCGACAAGCGGCAGAGAAAUCGCUGUCAGUACUGCCGGUACCAGAAGUGCCUGACGAUGGGUAUGAAGAGAGAGGCGGUGCAGGAGGAGCGUCAACGCACCAAGGAGCGCGAUCAGACCGAAGUGGAGAGCACGAGCAAUAUGCACGCGGACAUGCCGAUCGAGCGUAUCCUCGAGGCGGAGAAACGGGUCGAGUGUAAGAUCGAACAUCAGGGAAAUUACGAGAACGCAAUGUCGCACAUUUGCAACGCUACGAACAAACAGCUGUUCCAGCUGGUGGCAUGGGCGAAGCACAUCCCGCACUUUACCUCGUUGCCGCUGGAGGAUCAAGUGCUUUUGCUCAGGGCAGGAUGGAACGAAUUGCUGAUAGCCGCCUUCUCCCAUCGUUCCAUCGACGUGAAAGACGGUAUCGUUCUGGCGACAGGCACGACGGUGAAUCGAAAUUCGGCGCAACAGGCGGGUGUAGGCACGAUAUUCGAUCGUGUGCUCUCGGAGCUAGUGUCGAAGAUGCGCGAAAUGGAAAUGGACAGGACCGAGCUUGGAUGUCUUAGAUCCAUUAUUCUCUUCAAUCCCGACGUGCGAGGCCUCAAGUCUGUCCAAGAGGUCAAUUUGCUGCGCGAAAAAAUCUACGCCGCUUUGGAGGAAUACACUCGUAUGUCCCGGCCGAACGAUCCCGGCAGGUUCGCUAAAUUGUUGCUUCGCCUGCCGUCCAUCCGUUCGAUCGGUCUCAAGUGCCUGGAGCACCUGUUCUUCUUCAAAGUGAUCGGCGACUCACCGAUCGACGAUUUCCUCAUGGAGAUGCUGGAGUCGCAAUCGGAUCCUUAGGAGCAGAAGGUGUGCCGCGUCCUGGGGCACACCGACUUGUAAAAAAAAAAGAGGAAAAUGACGACGACGACGACGACACAACAACAACAACAACAACAACAACAAUAACAACAACAACAACAACAACGACGACGACGACGACGACGAUGACGACGGCGACGGCGACGAUAAAAGAACGUAAAACAUAAUUAUCAGUUACGUACUUGACGUAUAACCAUUUCUUUUUUCUCAUCCUUGCUGUGGAUGAUCCCUCCCGCAGAUCGUCAUUCGCGCGUCAAAUGAAACGGAAUUUACUUACUUUUUCUCACCGCGCGCGCGUGCGUGCGUGCGUGCGUGCGUGCGUGCGUGCGUGCGUGCGUGCGUGCGUGCGUGCGUGCGUGCGUGCGUGCAUGCAUGCGUGCGUUAAUCCCCAUCUUCCCUUUUCUCCUACCGCGUCCUGUUAUUUAUGAUUACGUUAGAAUUUAGCAACUUUCGUGUCCAAUAUAAGGAGGCGAUCCUGGCCGAUACGUGUAGACACGUGAUAAUAGUGGUGGCGGUAUGCGUCAGUGUGUGCAUGCGUGCGCACGCACGUACGCGCAUGGGCGCGCGUGCGCGUGUGUUAUGUAUCUGCUGCGUGUGUCUGUCUGUGCGUUACUUGUGUAAUAAGCAUGUAUACGCAUCGCGUAAUGCGCGAUCGAGUGCAAAUUCGACAGUUGCUGUCGAUUCGCCGAAAAGCGAGUUAAAUCUCUGUCCGGCGAGAAAACUGGCAGCUUCGUAAAACGUCGCGAGAAAAGAGAAGGGAAUGAUAGACAGAAAUUUUAAGUCCUAUAUUUGGUAGAUCAAACGAUCGACACUUGGUACUGUCGACAACGUCAACGUUGUGUGCUCACUGUCGUGUGCGCGGUGGAGCGCUACGGAUAGAUAAAAAUCCUUACAAAUAUCAUUAAGAACAAAUCGCUGCCUCUUUAGUCUGUGACAUGUGUCGUGCCAUCAUCCGGACGAAGAUAUCUCGCAGCUGACGAUCGAUCCUUGUCUUGGACAGGCGGCGGAUGGACUGAUAGACAGACAGAUGGAUAAACAGACAAACAAACAGACACUGCGCCUUUGUCGAAUAGCGCGUCUUUCGAGAUCGUGCAUGUUUCUGAAACGAUUAUGUCUUCUCUCUGCUUUAAUUUUAACUUCCGGUCUCCUCCUCUCCCACCACCAUUCCCCCCCCCUCUCUCUCUCUCUCUCUCUCUCUCUCUCUCUCUCUCCCUCUCUUCCCCUCUCCCUCUCUCUUUCUCGGCAUUUCUUCUCAUCCUCUCGACCAUGUCGCCGCAUAUAUGAUGAAUCGCUCCCGCGAUCUCGUUUGUCUCGGCGAUUUCGACGAAGACGCGCAGACUGUGUUCGCGAGUUCUCUGACAUUUUUACAUUCCAACUUUGCCCCGAUUCGAAUCGUUACUUUAUAAGAGAAUUAUAAUUUGCAUAUAGAUUUAUGCACGUAUUUACAUUAAUAUGCGCGGCCCUUGUGUGCGCGCGCGUUAAUGAUAAUUUAUUGUUUUGUAUUUUAGAGUAUAGGAAAGAAACUUACUGAGACUCAUUAUUAAUUAUAUCGAACACGCAUGGUAGCCUCCCCGCUCCCUCUUCCCUCCCACCCUUUAGUUCAGCAGCAUGUGACAGAGUACUGUGAACGAAGUAGUGAAAUUGCGAAAAACUAAAGCUCAAGUGUGUAAACCAAGUAUCUACUUUCAAGAUGUUUCAAACUGUUAGGGUUUACGCUUUAUUUUUAUUUUACCCUUUUUUUUUUUUUUUCCCCCUUUGAACACUUGCAGCGCUGGAAUAUGCCGUCUUCUGUAUUUGGUACAAAUUUGACAUGGCAGCAAAUAGAAUAGGAAUGUUAGACACAUUUUCCUCAGUCAUAGAAUUUACUGGUAUUAAGAUUUGUUUUUUCCCGGUGAAUGUUCAACGCACGACGAAAGAUGACGAAAAAAAAGAAAAGAAAAAAGGAAGAUAUAUAUAGAUAGAAAAGGAAAAUAAAAGAGAAGAACGACGCGUAAGAGCUCUCGAACCUCUUGAAGAACGGACGUUUGUGUGUGCGAGCGCGCGCGCGCGAGAUAUGUAAUUAUUCUAUAAAUCUAGAGUAAGAAUUAACUGAUCGUGGACAGAAUUAAGAUAGAAACAUACUCUCAUUGUUAGUAAUUUACAGAAUGAAGUGUCAUAUGAUUCGAGCUGACGGAUCGGUGGAUCUGUAAAUUCGUACGAAACAGGGCGUGCUUGUUCGGCUGGUCACAAUGAAACUUUAUUGAAUAUUACGACAUGUAAAGACGCAUAUAUAGGAUGCAUAUAUAUAUAUAUAUAUAUAUAUUUUUCUAAUGACAAUCCCUCUAUCUCCGUCUCUACUUCCAAGAGUCGAAUCAAUGACGCUCGAUUCACACGCAGUGAACAAAAUUUCAUAAUUUCAUAUUGAUAUUAUUACGUUGGGACCCGAUUCGCAUGAAUGUCGAAACAAUUAUUAGCUGCACUUGGAUAUUGUUUAUUGUACAAUAAUAAUUGUAUAAUACAAAUCUGUGAAUCUAAGUUGGAUAAGUUGAAAAUAGAUAUAUGAAUACUCGCACGUGCCCGCGUGAUUUCGUAAUAAAUUCUCAAAAUCGAACGAUUAUAUCGGAAUGUAGUGUAACGUAAAGUGAAUGACAUAAUAUUUAAAAUACGUACGUUCGCGUAUGUAAUAUUUUUAAUUUUUCUUCGUUUUGACCUGAGUAACGUGACAGAAUGCAUUUCGUCUCGUAUAUCGUACAAAUACCUGUGACACUUCGCCGGACGCUUUCAGCUCCAAUCAUUGAUACGACUUACUCUACUACUUUAGAAACCGUAAGGGAAUGAUCAUACUUACUUCACAAUAAAAUAUAAAUUAUGAUAAUAUUAUUAUAUAUUAUUAAACACAUAUUUCUAUUUUUGCGUGAAUGCCUACGAUUGUUAGUUGUUGGUUAUUGUUAUCUACUUGAUGAGAGUUUUUAAUGUUAUGCAUACCGUGAAAAACAAACGCAAUUAUUAAAUUCAUACAUUUUUUUUUUUUUU